UCUGCGGGCGCUGCGGAGCCGAGCAGGGCCAUGGCGGCGGCCCCGGCGGAGGCGGAGACCCGGCAGCGGCUGCUGCGCACCGUCAAGAAGGAGGUGAAGCAGAUCAUGGAGGAGGCAGUGACCAGGAAGUUUGUGCACGAGGACAGCAGCCACAUCAUCUCCUUCUGCGCUGCCGUGGAAUCCUGUGUCCUGCACGGCCUGAAGCGGAGGGCAGCCGGGUUCCUGCGCAGCAACAAGAUCGCAGCGCUCUUCAUGAAGGUGGGGAAGAGCUUCCCCCUGGCAGAGGAGCUCUGCAAGAAGGUGCAAGACCUGGAGCAGCUCAUUGAGAACGCGCGAAACCAAGUCCAGGGCAUCCCGGAGAACAUGCGCAAGGUGCCGAAGCUGCCCAACCUGUCUCCUCAGGCCAUCAAGCACCUCUGGAUCCGCACAGCCCUCUUCGAAAAGGUCUUGGAUAAAAUUGUGCACUACUUGGUAGAGAACAGCAGUAAGUACUAUGAGAAGGAGGCUCUCCUGAUGGAUCCUGUGGAUGGGCCAAUUCUUGCAUCUUUAUUGGUGGGACCCUGUGCACUGGAGUACACGAAGAUGAAAACCGCUGACCACUUCUGGACAGACCCCUCGGCGGAUGAGCUGGUCCAGCGGCACCGGAUCCACAGCUCCCACUGCCGGCAGGACUCGCCCACCAAGCGCCCGGCGCUCUGCAUUCAGAAAAGACAUUCCAGUGGCAGCAUGGAUGACCGGCCCUCCCUGUCUGCCAGGGACUAUGUGGAGUCACUGCACCAGAAUUCCCGUGCCACGCUCCUCUACGGCAAGAACAACGUCCUGGUGCAGCCGCGAGAUGACAUGGAGGCAAUCCCAGGAUAUCUGUCCCUUCACCAGACCGCUGACAUCAUGGCACUGAAGUGGACCCCGAACCAGCUGAUGAACGGCUCUGUGGGGGACCUGGACUACGAGAAGAGUGUGUACUGGGACUAUGCCAUGACCAUUCGCCUGGAGGAGAUCGUUUAUCUGCACUGUCACCAGCAAGUAGACAGUGGUGGGACGGUGGUCCUGGUGAGCCAGGACGGGAUCCAGAGGCCACCGCUGCGGUUCCCCCGAGGAGGCCACUUGCUGCAGUUCCUGUCCUGCCUGGAGAACGGGCUCCUGCCCCACGGGCAGCUGGACCCACCCCUCUGGUCACAGCGGGGGAAGGGCAAAGUGUUUCCCAAGCUGAGGAAGCGAAGCCCCCAGGGCUCCUCCGAGUCCGCAUCCGACAAGGAGGAUGACGAAGCCACAGAUUAUGUGUUCAGGAUAAUAUACCCUGGGACACAGGCUGAGUUUGUUGCCAUUAAUGGUACUUUUCACCCAUUCCGUGCACCUGUGAUCUCUAUGAGUGCUGGGAGAGGGAAGAUGACGAGGACUCCAACUGCAAGCAGUAUGGUGGUGAUCCCUAAAUGGUGUCUGAGUCUCCUCAUCACGUCCCGACCUCCCCGUGCUGCUCUGGGGACCUCCCAGCACCAGUUGCCCCAGGACCUGAUGGAUGGGCCGGGGGCUGCCCUGCCCCCCAUGUGGCAGCCCAGCACCCGCAAAUCCUCCUGCUCCUCCUGCUCCCAGAGCGGCUCCUCGGACGGGGGCCCGGCCAACGGCUGCAGCCACGAGAGAGCUCCGCUGAAGCUCCUGUGUGACAACAUGAAGUACCAAAUCCUCUCCCGGGCCUUCUAUGGCUGGCUGGCCUAUUGCAGACACCUGUCCACGGUGAGAACCCACCUGUCUGCGCUGGUGAACCACAACAUCGUGUCCUCUGAUGUCCCCUGCAGCGCCAGCUCGGGGCUGACUGUGGACAUCUGGCAGAGAUAUUUGCAGGACAGCACGAGUUAUGAGGACCAGGAGUUGCUGCGGCUGAUCUACUAUGGUGGGAUCCAGCACGAGAUCAGGAAGGCUGUCUGGCCCUUCCUGCUGGGCCAUUACCAAUUUGGGAUGACGGAGGCAGAGAGAAAGGAGGCUGACGAGCAGACCCGUGCCUGCUACGAGCACACGAUGGCAGAGUGGCUGGGCUGCGAGGCCAUCGUCCGGCAGCGUGAGAAGGAGUCGCACGCGGCUGCGCUGGCCAAGUGCUCCUCGGGGGCCAGCCUGGACUCCCACAUCCAGAGGAUGAUGCACAGGGACUCGACCAUCAGCAACGAGUCGUCCCAGAGCUGCAGCUCCGGCCGACAGAACCAUGCCCGGCUGCAGAGCGACUCCAGCUCCAGCACCCAGGUGUUUGAAUCUGUGGAUGAAGUGGAACAGACAGAAGUAGAUGCUCAGCUGGAAGAUGGCAAACAAAGCAAGGUCCCCAAUGGGACAGUUCCUAAUGGCACUUGUUCCCCUGAUUCUGGCCACCCCUCUUCCCAAAACUUCUCCAUCACAUCAGGGUUCUCAGAGCGCAGCUUCAGCAACGAGGACAGUGCCCUGGAAACCAACAAAUCCUCGUCCAGCUCCCAGGGAAAGGCUGGUGGGCCCGAUGUGCCAGCCCCAGCAGACACAGAUGGUGUCCAGCAGGAGAAGCUGCAGGGCCAAGACAGCCUGGAAGGUGAAUUUCCCAGCGUUGGAAGUGUGGACUUUGUUCCCGUGGGUGAGGGCCCGGUGGGGGCCCUGUGUGACACCGUGGCCCUGACUGUGGUGGAGAGCUGGGCAGAUAACGAUGCUGAGAAGCAGAGCUUGGUGGAGAGUGAGGACAACCUCUCUGAGGAGCCAGAGAUGGAGAGUCUGUACCCCCAGCUGGAUUCUCUGGCUGUGGCUGUGACUGAUCUGACCAACAGUGAAACAUCUGCUCUCUCCUCCACGGGUGUCACCUACUCUCCAGAGCUGCUGGACAUGUACACAGUGAACCUGCACCGCAUCGAGAAGGACGUGCAGCGCUGUGACCGCAACUACUGGUACUUCACCCCGGCCAACCUGGAGAAGCUCCGCAACGUCAUGUGCAGCUACAUCUGGCAGCACAUUGAGAUUGGCUACGUGCAGGGGAUGUGUGACCUGCUGGCCCCUCUCCUGGUCAUCCUGGAUGAUGAGGCUCUGGCUUUCAGCUGUUUCACCGAGCUGAUGAAGAGGAUGAAUCAGAACUUCCCCCACGGAGGAGCCAUGGACACCCACUUUGCCAACAUGAGGUCGCUGAUCCAGAUUCUGGACUCUGAGCUUUUCGAGCUGAUGCACCAGAAUGGGGAUUACACUCAUUUCUACUUCUGCUACCGAUGGUUUCUCCUGGACUUCAAGAGAGAGCUGGUGUAUGACGACGUGUUCUCCGUCUGGGAGACCAUCUGGGCCGCCGCGCACGUCUCCUCUGCUCACUACGUGCUCUUCAUAGCCCUGGCCCUGGUGGAGAUGUACCGGGACAUCAUCCUGGAGAACAACAUGGAUUUCACAGACAUCAUCAAGUUUUUCAACGAAAUGGCUGAGCGACACAACACCAAGCAGAUCCUGAAGCUGGCUCGGGACCUUGUCUAUAAAGUGCAGACUCUGAUCGAGAACAAAUGAAGGACACGGGGCAGACGAGGCAUCCAAAGAGCCGAGACUCCCCUCCGAUGCUUCCUCCCUUCUCCUCUUUCUCCAAGUGCCACACCUGUGGAACUCAGGCAGUGGGACACGUGCUGCUGGCUGAGCUGGGAGUACCCUCGGCUCCCCAAGUGCUGUGCCAGGGGCCCCAGCUCAGACCUUCUGCAGUGACUCAACCAAAGAUCCGUCCAGGUGUGUGUUACCCAUUGGGAGCAGGACUAGGCAGUCACUUCCUGGCCUUGCUGCAGUGGAAGGGCAGCAGGUUUGUGCCCACCACAAUUGCCCAGGCAUUGCCAGCAUCCCAGGGCAGAGUUUGGGGGCUGGGAGAAGCAGAACUCCACAUCCUUUGUUGCCCAGACGUAAAGCUGCUUCCUUGGGGCCAUUCCUGGCGGUAGGAAGGCAACCAGUCUGUGAGCCCAGACAGCACAGGGAUGCUGCCAUUCCUCAGCUUCUUACCAACAUGAUGAGGUUCUGCCAGUAACAGGGGGGACUUUGAUCACAGAAAUUCCUCUUUUGAUCUUGUCCCUUGAUGUGUUGCAUCCCCUUCAGUAUUUUAUUUUCUAAGGCUCUGUUUUCUCCCUGGGAUUUUACAUUGUUCCUACAGUAUCUGAGCACACAAGAGUUUCAUCUCUAGAUGGAUUUUCAGAACAGCUCCAAAUUCAGCACUGGGUUUGUUUGUUCCUCUGUAACCCUCUCUGAACACUGGGAAAUCUGGUCCUGACCUCCUCUGCGAACUCUCGGCUGGAGGUUUUCUUACCUGCCUUACUUUAGCUGCUUGUGGUAGAAGUCUGGUCUCCCUGUCAUUCCUUUGCAGCCUCUGGGAGGGGGAGGGCUCCUCAGAAGGCAAGUCAGAGCUCCUGAUUAUCUUGGCUUUUCCCUCUGAUGGUGCCUGUCUUCUCCUCUGUCCAUUAAGACCAGCUGCUCAAAGCUCGACAGGGCAAACAAUCCCCUUGGUGCCUGUGGGUUUUCCGUGUGCUGCCAAGCCCCCUAAGCCCACGAAAAGUCUCCACUUAGGUCUUGGUGGGCUUCUUUUACAUGUCUAUGAAGAGAUGAAUAGCCCAAGGUCUCUGAGUGGUCUUUGCUUUGGGAAGAUGCACUCGUGUGGCCACUUUUCCUGCAGUGACUCCAGUGCUGGAGCCUGGAGCCCACUGCAUGAAGUGCCUCUCAGCUGCUGUGUCCUCAGCUCUGCGGAGGGGUCGGAGUCAUUUUUCAACUCAGGUAAAAACAAAACAGGAAAAGGAGAGGUGUGGGUGGUUGGAGGGUCCAGCCCAGCUGGGGGGUGCUGUGCCAUGGCCACGGGGCAGGCACUGGGUUGGAGCCCUCUUUCUCUAAGGGUACUUUCUCUCACGUUUUGCUGCAAAAAUUUGUGUUCCCCCUCUGUGCAAUGUGUGAUGUGUGUGUGCUCUCCUCCACUCCUCUGCAAGGGAAGGCCCUGCUCCUGCCUUGCUGCUGGAGUGCUGCCCACCCAAGGGAAAGGGCCUUUCCCUUCUCCCGUGGAACAUCUGUCUGUGUUGUUUUGUGUUGGCUCGUGGCAUGUGUCAGAUGUUGCUUGCAGAAAACAGAUGUCAAUCUGCACAAGAGAAAACUGCUGCUUCAGGGAGGUUCUGUGGAGCGUGGUGAAGUGGUUUGCUGCUUGAGCAAAUCGGGUGGAAAAAUGAGCACUUUCCAUAUGCUGGGACAUGGACGUCACAGCUGGAAAAAGCAAGGAGAGUGGCACAUCCUGAACCUUUGGGGGAAGAGCCUCUGGCAAGGGGGAGAGCAAGGGGCAGCCCUUUGCUCCUCAUAAUCCCAACAGAUGUGUACAACGAUCUAGGAAAUUCCUUGCAGGAGUUUCCUGCAGUAAAUCCCCAAAGGGUGCUGGUCUGUAGUAGUUCAGGAAACAAAGAGCUUCAGAUCUGCCAGUUCCUGUGUAGAAUCUUCCAUCUUGCCACCAAGCAGAGCAAAAAGCUCCUGCCCUCCCUCCAUCCCAGGCUGCUCCUGUUCCCUCAAGGUUCUAGGACAGGCAAUUGCCUGUGUUACCUGUCCAGAGGGGAAGUGCUCUGCCCUCCUCUUCCUGAGUGACAGGAACCCACAGGUCUCCUGAAACACAGUCUGACCAAGCAACAUCUCUUACAACUUUCAAGCUUCUUUCCUUGGUUUUUAAACAAAAACAGCCAAGAGAUUCUGCACAAUAUUUGCUGUCUGUAUUAACUGAGAGUGUCUUUGGGCUGCUCAAUAGCAGUGUUUUUUGAAUAAUUUCGGGGGGGGGGGGAAGUAUUUAUUUAUUGGUUGUACCUGACUGUGUGUCCUUGUGUGCUGGCGUGUGAGUGUGUGCUGCUGUGCAAAUGGAAAUAGACAUUUUCAAUGUUCUUUACAAUAUCUUGUACAUGUUUACCAGAGAAUUGUGUCUAUAUAUAAUAUAUAUACAGUAUAGAGAGAAAAUAUGUGAAUUAAGUGGGUUAUUUUUUGAGGGAGGGGGUGAGAAAUCUAUUGCUUCUAAGAACUGUGUGGUUUCUAUAGCACCUAUUCCAUGAUGUGCCAGUCUGUUGCUGGGAGAGUUGUGGUGGUGGGGCAACAGGAAGCUCAGAGCAGAACCACCAUCAUGACCUCAGCUUGGCUUCAUCUUAGUUCUAACUUUAAAACUGGAAAAGAAG